CAUCGUUCACGUCACACUCAGGGGAACGCCACAGGCCUGGACGCGAGGCUUAAUUAGAAACAAUGUAUUAUUAUUAUUAUUACUUUAAACAGUUUUAACGCAGAUGAAUUUAUACUGCGUGCUUUUUUUACGAGUUGAUCUGCUUUCGUCGUAGAAGGUCGUAGAGGAAACUAAGAUGGCGGCGGUGACGACAAUGCGGCGCUGCUUCAGGAUCCUGAGACAUCUGGUACAACGGCCUCAGUUGUCAUCCCGCCACUGCAGACCUUGUGCCAGGCUAUGGACCGCAGAACCUGAUCAUGUCCUACAUCACCCUCAAGCAUUAGUUUUACAGCAACAGAGAGGAUUUAGACAAAGCAAUGUGGCUUCAGGACAAGUUGUCCAGUUCAAGUUGUCGGAUAUUGGCGAGGGUAUCAUGGAGGUGACGGUCAAAGAGUGGUAUGUAAAGGAGGGCGAUAAGGUUUCCCAGUUUGACAGCAUCUGCGAGGUCCAAAGCGACAAAGCCUCCGUCACUAUUACAAGCCGAUACGACGGGAUCAUAAGGAAGCUUCACUACGACGUGGACUCCAUCGCCUUCGUCGGAUUGCCUCUCGUAGACAUCGAGACAGACAAGCAACAAGAUGGCAGUCAUGAGGAGGACGUCGUUGAGACCCCUGCAGUAUCGAGUGAACAUGCACACCAGGAGAUUAAAGGGCAUAAAACUCUGGCUACACCUGCAGUGCGACGACUUGCCAUAGAGAACAAUGUUAAGCUGAGUGAGGUUGUGGGGACAGGAAUAGACGGCCGUAUCCUAAAAGAAGACAUCCUCAACUUCCUGGCCAAGCAGACGGGUGCUAUUCUUCCUUACGACGAUGUGAAGGUGCCAACGGUGCCAGCUGCUCCUGCGAAGGCCGAAAAACCAGCCCCAAGUCAUACACACACUAUCCCCCGACCCGUUUUUACUGGGAAAGACAGGACCGAGCCACUCAACGGUUUCCAAAAAGCCAUGGUAAAGACAAUGACGGCCGCUUUGAAGAUCCCUCACUUCGGUUACUGCGACGAGGUGGACCUCACCGAGCUGGUGCGAUUACGCUCGGAACUGAAAGGUCUUGCUGAAUCUCGUGGAGUCAAACUUAGCUACAUGCCCUUCUUCAUUAAGGCCGCGUCUCUCGGCCUGCUGCAGUUUCCCGUCCUCAAUGCCUCGGUCGAUGAAAGCUGUCAGAACAUCACCUACAAGGCGUCCCAUAACAUCGGUCUGGCCAUGGACACUCCGCAGGGUCUGCUGGUGCCCAACGUGAAAGGCGUGCAGGCUCUGAGCGUGUUUGAAAUCGCAGCCGAGCUGAACCGACUGCAGGCGCUGGGUUCGGGCGGCCAGCUGGGCACGGCCGACCUGACGGGGGGCACGUUCACCCUCUCCAACAUCGGCUCGAUCGGCGGGACCUACGCCAAGCCCGUCCUCCUGCCUCCUGAGGUGGCCAUCGGAGCGCUGGGGAAGAUCCAGAUCCUGCCGAGUUUCGACGCCGAUGGUAAUCUCGUCAAAGCCCACGUGAUGAGUGUGAGCUGGUCGGCCGAUCAUCGCAUCAUCGACGGCGCCACCAUGUCCCGCUUCUCCAACCUGUGGCGUUCGUACCUGGAACGACCCUCCUCCAUGCUGCUAGACCUCAAAUGAUGAGAGGUCCUCUCCGUAGAGUCCGCACAAACUGGCGCUUCAACACUACACCGUGCCUUCAUGCAACUUUGAUCUUCUAGCUUUCCCUUGACUGAACUCAGACGCAUGUGUGAAUAUCUUAAUAAAAUUGCUUUAACCA